AUGCAUCACCGAUAGAUGGAGAUAAAACUGCGCCUCUUCUGCACUUUUUUUUGCACAAGUUUUCCUUCGCAGCCUGCGGCGCUGACGCUAAAGAGAAGCUGCAGACACCGAGGCGACGCUUAUAAGUGACAGAUCCGCGGCCGUGAACGCGGCUGUGCGCGCAUCACAGAGCUAAUUAGGAUUUCAGUAUAAAAAAGGCCGCAGUCGGGACAGCUCGGCCUGUCCUGCCGCUGAUAUCGGAGAGCUGAAGGUACAGAGGUGCACCCCAGCAUGCACUCGCUCUGAUCCCAAACAAGCGGAUGGGAUUUGGGGAUUUCGCCCACGCCGCACUCUUCACGGUUUUGCUUUGUGAACGCAUUGAAACUCCAACGAGGACACUGAUGUUUCUGGAGACUUUAAUGGCACUGGGCUCGACCUAAAGAGGCUGCUGCUGCCUUUAUGGGACGGUGAAGCUAUCCUCAUUUCUUUUCUUUUCUUUUUAUUUCUUUCUUUUGUUUAUUUUCUAAACUGAUAUCCACACUGCUGGUUCAGAAGGAAAAGCUUCGAUUUCGUGGCCGGGUUGUUUUGGUUCUCUGACGGGGAGGAAGGCUAAGAGUUUUGGGGUUUGAUUUUCUCCCGUGGUGUCUGUGUGGAGCGUGCCACACACCCACUCCACAACAACGACGGCUUUUGCUUGCAUCUUCCAGUGUUUCUUCUGUCAGCAAGUCCAGCAGAGCUGCAACUCUUCCAGUGCCAGCCCUGACACCAGCGAGGAGCCCUGCCCCACUGACAUGGUGAAGAUGACCAAGUCUAAGACCUUCCAGGCUUACCUGCCGUCCUGCCACCGCACCUACAGCUGCAUCCACUGCCGAGCACAUCUGGCCAACCACGACGAGCUCAUCUCAAAGUCAUUUCAAGGCAGUCAAGGAAGAGCCUAUCUGUUUAAUUCAGUGGUGAAUGUCGGCUGCGGGCCAGCAGAGGAGCGGGUUCUCCUCACAGGUUUACAUGCUGUGGCUGAUAUCUACUGUGAAAACUGUAAAACCACCCUUGGCUGGAAAUAUGAGCACGCGUUUGAAAGCAGUCAAAAGUACAAAGAGGGAAAGUUCAUCAUCGAGCUGGCUCACAUGAUCAAGGACAACGGGUGGGAGUGACGCUCCGCCUCUCCAUUUGUUUUUGUUGUUUUUGAUGUUGUUGUUUUUCUGACCUGGGAAUGCUCUUUAUCGAACUGCAGGGGGAGGGCGAUCGUCCGGCCCUCCCCCCACCUCCCUCCACCAGCCCCCGCACUUUCCUAACAGUUAAAAAAACAAACAAACAAACACCUCCACCUUCCCGCCUUCUUCACGUGCACACGCACCCACCUGCUCAUCGUGAAAGUGAACAAACGGUGACUGACGAGUGGAGCGACUCGUUGAAAAUCGACGUCGCGGGAGUCCCGCCGUUACUUUGAAGAUUCCUCGUUCUCCUUCGCAGCCCCAGAGCUUUUGGGAUUGACCCCGCCCACUCUCAACCCGCCGCCGCCCCACCGAAACACGCUUACAAGUGAUUGUGGUGACGUGUCGACCACUAUGCGAACGAAGAGAGAGACUUCACCGAGAGGACGUUUUUCUUUUCUUGAUGGAUGACUUUGAUUAUUUUAAUGUUAUUUGCUUUAGUUUUGACGUCGGGUUGGUAAAGAUUUGGUUUGGCAGCCGAUGGAUGUUACUGGUUAGCAUUAUAUUUUAUUUCCCUGUCAAGUCUGUUUUUAUUCAUUUUGUCGGCUUGGUGUAUCUCUGCCUCUAGCUGAGCAUGCUUUUCUUUGCUAAUGUCCAAAUGAGUAAUCAGGGAUGGGUGAGGAGCAGAGGGGGAAAGGGAGUUUAUCGUAGUUGCAAAUAUGUAGCAGCAUCUUGCUUUCUUUCUUUUCUUUUUUCUUUUUUAAAGAGGCAAAGAAUGAGUUUGCAGUAAUGUGGAAUUUUAUACCUGAUAUUUUUCUGUUUUUACCUUUUUUUGGACUUUCUUUUUCCCUCUUUCUGGUACUUUUCAGCACCCAAAAGCAUUGAAAGCAGCACCUAGUAUUUGUUUGACAUAAAUGGGUAUAUAUAUACGUAUACAUAGAUCUAUAGAUAAAUAUUUGUAGUGUUUGGCUAAUUGCGAUUGUGGCUGGUCCCAGUUUGCAGCAGUACCACGAGUGAAAGACGAAAAAGGAGCAGAAAUGGUUAUUAGACUGGGGAUCCUUACGUCAGUGCCCACACAUCAUAAAACACGAUGACAGAGUGUAUUAUCCCAUUGUCUAGUAAUGAAACAAUAAGAGACACACUUUACAUAUGAAUAUAAAUACACAUAGUAUGAUUACAUAUCCAUAAAUACUAUGAAAAUGUUCGUAGUACGUAGAUAUUGGAACAUGGUUUCUAUAUAUAUAUUUGCUGUCAUGCACAUAUGUAUAUAUGCAUAUUACUGUGUGUAUAUAUGCAUUGUGUGUGUGUGUGUGGUCAUGCAUUAUACAGUGGCAUACUUGAACGACUUCGUUUGCACUUUGCAGAGGCGUUUGGUCCAUCGCGGUUUGGAGGCAAAAUGUUUGUUCGCUCUCGUUUCCCAAUGGCCUUCUCACAGAUGAACAACAGAUUGUUGGAGAUGGAAAGGAAGCCGGAGCAGGAGGGCUUCGUCGACUCUGGUAUGCUUAGCAGCUGCCUGUUAGAUACUUUGAGGAAAUUUGGUUUCAUUUUGUUUAAAUUCAGGGUUUCCUCUCACUUCUUCCACCUCAAAAAGUAGUUUCUGAUUCUUUGCUGCUAUCCUGGAAAUCCCGCCGCUUCGCCCCGUUCUUGUAGAUCUUUUGCACUUUACGUACUUCUCUCUCUCGGAGCGUAUGAAUCGUCUCUUUGUGGACGACAUCUGUGAUUUGCCUCCAAGCCGUAUGAAUCUCGUGCCUCUUCAAAACACGAACGGCCUCCCUCUACUUGUUUUCUUUUAUUUUUCCUUCUGUUGUGCAGUGCAUAACUCUGAAAACUUUCAUGUGAACCGAUGUGUCUUCCCCUUCCCUUUGCCCCCUUCCUGGUUCAAAGAAGUAGCCCUCGAAAUAACAUUCUUCACCAAAAUCCUCAGAGCUCUAUGGAUAACAGAGACUUGGUAUAUAUACACACAUAUAUUUUCUACGUUAAGAUUUAGAGGUGCAAAAACAGAUGGAUAUUCAGUAUAUUAUUUCUCAGAGUAAAGCAAAGAGGAGGAAGAGGUUGCCCGGGACCUGUUGGACUUUUUAAUCAGAGGGAUUAAAAAGAUGGCAGCAGGUGAUGGUGUGGGCAGGGUGGGAGAGGAUGGGAGAGAUUUUAAAAAAAAAAAAAAGAAAAGAAAAAGGAAAAAAAAAAAUCAGCAGUGAUUGAUUACUUUGCCGGCAAGGUCAGUCAGAUCACACGACCUUUUAACCUAAAACUAUGACAAUGCAAACCCUUGAUAGUUAGCAGUGAUACCUACUUGAAAUAUAAAUACAUAAACAGCUAAGAUAUUGGCCCGUGUUCCAGUUUUUGUACAUAAAGUAACAUAUUUAAGGUUUUAUACGUAUUUCUACUGGGUUAGUUCUUUUACUUCCCCUACUUGAAGCACUUUUGUUCACCGUACCUCUGGCUGUGUGGUGUCUGGCUGUGUGGUGUGUGCGCAUACAUGCAUGUGUUAGUCCACAUGCAUGCCUGCACACCAAAGCGAAUGUUUACCUUCUCUUGCUCAGUUUUCCCCUCUUUCUUUUUUCUUUUUGAGUAUUCCUGGCGUGUUUUCUUCCCUUUCACAGCUGUUUGGUUUCACUGUCUCUCUCGCUGAUCUGUGAGGUUGACAGCCAGGUUAGUUUGUUUGGAAGUGAUUUAUUCCCCGUUUGGUUUGUUUGCUUUUUUUUCUGUUAGCUUGUUUAUUUAGCUUGUGUGGUAAGCGCCCGUUAGAGGGCCGGUGUUUAGGUCUCUGCUGAGCCAUGUAGACGUUGAGGGCGAGCUGGAAUCUCCCACCAUGUCGCAGGGAGAGCCUUUACCGAGACCCUUUGGCCACCACAGUCAGUGUCUCCUGUGCUGAGGGCUUUCAGGUGUAGAAAUGCACCCUGUGGCAGCUAUGUCGGAGGUCGUUAGUUUGCGGCAACACUGGCUGUGAAUAUCUGAUUGUAUUUUUUGAACGUAUUCAUUCUUGUGGUGUUUUUCUUUUUCUUUUAUUGUGUAAAAGUGAACUGUUACUCCCCUUAUCUAUUUGAUCGGCUUGUUUUGAUGAUAAUAGCCUGUUUUAGUCACAUCUCAGUUCUGGUGCUGCAUCCUUUCAAUGUUAUGCAGGACACGCCGGGCAUGUCAAAUGCAAGCAAGAAUUUGCAGCUCUGUCCAACAACUUAAUGCAUAGUGUUGAAUGCAGCUGCAAGCGUUAACCCCGCAGCAUAGUUUGGGCCCAUGCUCAGAGGUGCAACAAACUUCUUUGCAGAUGUCGUAUCAAAGUUUUAAUGGCCUGUUUUUGAGUCCAAAUUCUAAAGUAUUGAAAUAUGAUGUGAAAGAUUUGAGCUCCUUCAGUCAGAACUAGCUUGUCUUUCCAUUUCCUGGUAAGAAGCUGGAAAACUACAGACUGGAAGGUCAUUCUUAGCGCCAUGGGAUAAAACGGUCAUUGGAUUAAAGCCGCGUCUUCUUCCACAUGUCGUGAGAUUUGGUCAGUUUAAAGCUACAAACAUUAGAUGUUCACAGGAACACGUGAAUGCAUCGUUAGAGAAGAAUGCUGGGCGUUGGUCUGGUAUCACUCGAAGGUUGCAGCUCCUGAACUAUGAUGAGCUUUUAUUAAAACAGCAAAGUCUGAUUGCAUUAACAUAACAAUGCCACAGCCCUGCCUUUAGGUUGGUUUACCUCUGUGAACUUUCCACACACUCACAGUCUCACAAGACCAGCACCGGUAGCAAAAUUUGGAAAGAAUUCUACCUUACAGGACUGUUUUUGUCUAUCUAAAUCGUUACUGAAUGCACACACACAGUCGUACGAUUUCCCUCUGCUACAUGCACACAGCCAGUUUCUCUUAAGGACCUCCACAUGGCAGCAGCAGCUUCUGGGAGCAACCCGGCUGCAGAGCGUCUGUACUCUUCCCUUCGAUCAGUCAGUCAAAGUUGAACCAACAAAAAGCAGCUGCCAGUGUCACCGCCAGUGCGUACCAAAUAAAGACCCAGGCUCUAUCGAAUGCAUCAGUGUCAUGUGUCAGCGGGCAGGAACGAAGCCAGGGGCCACGGUCGAUGGUCUCCUGGAGAUUCGACUGCGAUACCAAAAUCAAAGAGUAGAAAACCUGUCACCUAUGACAUUGUCUUUCUGUAGAAUGUUUUGAUUCUCUGAAAUACGGCGUCAAAGCAGCCUGGAUGAAAAAUGUAGAUAUUUGCUGCUGAAAACUGUUUACUUUUUAUUGUUGUUCUGUUGUUAUCGUGGCACUGGCUACCUACUUUUUGCGCUCUGUUACUUUCUAAACAGGAUGUUGAUCAAAGGCUAGAUGGGUAUACAGGAGAAAAGACUGUACAAGUUCUUUUCUUAGGACUGUUAAACUACAGUUUGAGGUCUAAAAGCAUGUUGUAUUUAUAAUGUCGUGCCUGUUUUUUGUUUGUUUUUCUUCCUAAAUUUAAAAGCAAAUAUUCUAUGCUUUUUAUUUGACUACAUUGCUUUGCAUUCUGUCUUAUUAAAGCCAUGUCACAUGUCUGUUUUCACUCUAAUGUAAACUAUCAGAUAUCACAAUAAAAUUUUCAAUGGCAUUAA